CAAAACAUUGCAGGUGUAAGUUUACACGCAGUCUUAGUCCACAGAAGACGCCAUAUUAUUUCCCUUUUUACGGUGUACUUGUAAGACUACGGGAGACCGGUAUCCGUUCCUCAAAUGAUUAUCGACGGUCUGUACGACCUGUGGACCUCCUGGGGUCUGUUGGGGGUUUUGGUGGCAACAGGUUGCUGCCUCCUGGCCGUCUGGAUCAUGCGGCGUCCCCCCAACCUACCCCCGGGACCGUGGUGCUGGCCGCUACUUGGCGUUACGUUUGGUGGAAAGGCAGAGCCUUUAGUUGCCACCGACUGGACCCGGAAGUACGGUGACGUCAUAUCCUGCUAUCGCGGCCCACUUCCAGUGGUUUACCUUGGCAGUUAUGACGUCAUCCGAGAGGCCUUCGUGAAGAACGCCGAGAACUUCUCCAGCAGACCCCCGGCUUCGAACCCAGUCAUGCCGGCUUUCAAGACUAAAGGCGUCGCACAAGAGCCAUACGGACCGACAUGGAAGGAGCACCGUAAGUUCACCCUGAUGAGCCUGCGAGACUUCGGCGUGGGGAAGAGGAGCUUGGAAGGGAAAAUUCUCGAAGAAGCCCGGGCUCUCGUGGACGAAAUAUCAAAGAAAGAAAACCAAGGCUUCUGCAUCUCAAACAUGAUGCAGGUUACGGUUUCAAACGUGAUCUGCUCGAUCGUUUUUGGCUCGCGCUACGAGUACGACGACCCGAAAUUCAUAGCGCUGAUGGAAGCUGUUGGCAUUUUUUUCUCGAUUCCCGGCGCUCUGCGACUGGGGCUCAUCCCCAUCCUUCGCUACAUUCCUGUCGUGAAUCGGGAUUUCCUGACGGCACAGAAGGUUAUCCUGCACAUCACGAAUCACAUUCAGGAGCAGAUUCGAGAACACGAGGCGACCUUUGACCCGAACGACAUCCGGGACUUCAUCGACGCCUUUCUGCUGGAGAAGCGAGGGAGACAGGCGGACGAGAAUACGACAUUUACGGAACAACAAAACAUCAUGGUUGUGCUGGAUCUUUUCACGGCGGGUACGGAGACCACAUCCACCAUGCUCCGCUGGGCCCUGCUCUACAUGAUCCUCCACCCGGACGUCCAGGAGACAGUACAGCGAGAGAUAGACAGCGUCAUCGGGCCGGACCAGGACCACUCCAUGGCGCAUCGCGCUCAGAUGCCGUACACUGAGGCAACGCUGACCGAGGUGAGCCGACUGGCAAGUAUCACUCCGUUCUCCGGAGCACAUACCUCAAACAACGACGUUACAUUCAGGGGCUACAGCAUUCCUAAGGGCACCAUCGUACUUGCAAACCUAUGGGCAGUUCACCACGACCCUCGACUGUGGCCGGACCCGCACAAGUUCGACCCCGCCCGUUUCCUGGACGCCGCCGGGAAGUUUGUGAAGAGAGAAGAAGUCAUACCGUUUUCAAUCGGUCGUCGGGUUUGUCUGGGGGAACAGCUGGCCAGGAUGGAGCUCUUCCUGUUCUUCACCUCUCUGCUGCAGCGCUUCAGCUUCAAGCUGCCAGAGGACUACGGGAGACCCGUAUCCGUUCCUCAAAUGAUUAUCGACGGGCUGUACGACCUGUGGACCUCCUGGGGUCUGUUGGGGGUUUUGGUGGCGGCAGGUUGCUGCCUCCUGGCCGUCUGGAUCAUGCGGCGUCCCCCCAACCUACCCCCGGGACCGUGGGGCUGGCCGCUGCUUGGCGUUACGUUCGGUGGAAAGGCAGAGCCAUUAGUUGCCACCGACUGGAUCCGGAAGUACGGUGACGUCAUUUCCUGCUACCAUGGCCCACUUCCGGUGGUUUACCUUGGCAGUUAUGACGUCAUCCGAGAGGCCUUAGUGAAGAACGCCGAGAACUUCUCCAGCAGACCCCCGCCUUGGAACCCGGUCGUGGCGGCUUUCAAGACUAAAGGCGUCGUACAAGAGCCGUACGGACCGACAUGGAAGGAGCACCGUAAGUUCACCCUGAUGAGCCUGCGAGACUUCGGCGUGGGAAAGAGGAGCUUGGAAGGGAAAAUUCUCGAAGAAGCCCAGGCUCUCGUGGACGAAAUAUCAAAGAAAGAAAACCAAGGCUUCUGCAUCUCAAACAUGAUGCAGGUUACGGUUGCAAACGUGAUCUGCUCGAUCGUUUUUGGCUCGCGCUACGAGUACGACGACCCGAAAUUCAUAGCGCUGAUGGAAGCUGUUAACAUUUUGUUCUCGACUCCCUUAAGCACUCUGCGACUGGGGUUAAUCCCCAUCCUUCGCUACAUUCCUGUCGUGAAUCGGGGUUUCCUGAAGGCACAGGAGGUUACACUGCACAUCAGGAAUCACAUUCAGGAGCAGAUUCGGGAACACGAGGCGACAUUUGACCCGAACGACAUCCGGGACUUCAUCGACGCCUUUCUGCUGGAGAAGCGAGGGAGACAGGCGGACGAGAAUACGACAUUUACGGAACAACAAAACAUCAUGGUUGUGCUGGACCUUUUCCUGGGGGGUACGGAGACCACGUCCACCACGCUCCGCUGGGCCCUGCUCUACAUGAUCCUCCACCCGGACGUCCAGGAGACAGUACAGCGGGAGAUAGACAGCGUCAUCGGGCCGGACCGGGACCCCUCCAUGGCGCAUCGCGCUCAGAUGCCGUACACCGAGGCAACGCUGACCGAGUUGAGCCGGCUGGCAACCAUCACUCCCCUCUCCCUAGCACACACCACAAGCAACGACGUUGCAUUCAGGGGCUACAACAUUCUUAAGGGCACCAUCGUAUGGCCCAACCUUUGGGCGGUUCACCACGACCCUCGGCUGUGGCCGGACCCGCACAAGUUCGACCCCGCCCGUUUCCUGGACGCCGCCGGGAAGUUUGUGAAGAGAGAAGAAGUCAUACCGUUUUCCAUCGGUCGUCGAGUUUGCCUGGGGGAACAGCUGGCCAGGAUGGAGCUCUUCCUGUUCUUCACCUCUCUGCUGCAGCGCUUCAGCUUCAAGCUGCCAGAGGACGCAGCUGUACCGUCCGAAGAAGGGGUGUUCGGAACCACGCACUCCCCCUUGCCCUUCAAACUGGUGGCAAUUCCGAGAAAUUAGACUUUAAGCAUUACAUAUGCAAUAUUCAUUAAGGGUCAAUGACCCGCCCCGAGCUGUAUAUAGUACUUCCUAUAACCACCGAUUGAACCGCCGAGUGAGCACAGCGAACGGUUUUCAUCCGUCGACGCUGAUUGGUCAAAGUGAUUAUGGUAUUUAAUCACCCCUCGUCAGGUUAUGGCGUCAUAACCAAUAUACAAUUGGGCCUUCUGAUUGGUUAAUGUUAUCUGCCUAUAUUAUAAUGUAUACACAUAUGUUAUUACAUGUAUAGGGAUGUAGGGGGUAUUGUUAUUAUAGGGGUGUUGGGGGAUAUUGCCAAAGAAAAAAUAUUAUUAUACCAAUUUUCUUCCACUUUGGGUGUUUUUAGCUUUCGUCAUCAGUUUGACUACCUACGGUUUAUCAGCGCAAAUCUACUUUUCAAUAACCCGUGCCUGACGUUGCAAAGACGUGGAAUAGCGCCACUGUCGGUUAGUUUAUGUACCACACGCUGCCUUGUAUAUAGCAGGUGGUUGGUGAGGAGCAUACAUAACGGGCUGAGGAAACAGUCUGUUUUGUUAGCAAACGUUAGCCAUAUCGCAUUACGGUAGUAUUGUCUCACCACUGCCCCACUUAAAGAGUUCUUUCUACCAAUAACAUGCUCUGAGCCAUUUGUGUACGUAAAAGCCGCACUGUUGUUAGUGUUUGAGUACGCCAGAAAAGGGCGGCACACACUACAGUUUACAUGUACACGGGGCAUCUCGGGUUGCGCUCAACACCCGGGCCUCUCAGUUGUCGCGUUCGCCCUUCUUGUAAACAGAGCGAACGCCUGGCACUAUUAUAGUGCGGGAUGUGGGACGAGGUUGGUUUUUCCUCGGCGGGAUUUUGUUGCGGUUAAUUAGUUUCAGCUUCAGCGAUACUUUUGGUCACCGCGGUGUAACGUAUUAAAGUGAUCAUGAUACAACGCCUUCACCUAUUACCACCCCCACUGCGAUGUGCCCUAUCAAUGUAGCCUUGCUUACAGUAGCCUGGGUGCCACGGUCUAUACAGGCCAGCUACUAGCCUCCGGGGCCAACAUGCCCGCAAGCAAAUUAUACCACGGCACCCCUUUGUUAGGCCCUGAGUGACUACCGUUAGUAACGUUAGUUAACUCUGGGCCUAGCGUCUGGCAUCCAGGCUAUGCUAACAGGCCAUGUGUAAUGGGAAACUCAGCGAAAAAUACGUGGAUGAUGUUUUGCAGCGAUGGCCAGGGAUAAGUGUACUGAUCGAUUCUAAUAAUGCUGCUUGUAUGAUACUAGAUAAAUGGAACAUAAUUAUUAAGUGAUACCUAUUGUCAUAGUCAGAGAUACUGCAAAAGUAUUAAAAGAGGA